AUGAUCACUCUUACAUUUGUUAGGCACGGUGAAAGCACCGACAAUCUUAAAUCCUUUUGGGCAGGAUGGUCAGACGCUGCACUCUCUAAUCACGGGCUCAAUCAAGCCAAGGCAGCCGGAAAAUUCUUCUCGACCUACCGCAUCACACACAUGUUUGCCUCGGACCUCAAACGCGCCCAUAGCACCGCACAAGCCAUCUACGAUACCCAACCGGACCCCAAGCCCCCACUCAUGAUCACCGACCUCCUCCGUGAACAACACUUUGGUGAAGGAGAGGGGAAACCAUGGGGCCAAGCCAAGUGGGACCAGCCUCAGGGCCGGGACGGCAAGUUUUCCGGCGGCGAGUCGCUGAACGAUGUGGCGCGUCGAGGAGACCGGUUUUACGAAACAUACUUGGCCCCGAUUAUCAAAGAGGCCGUCGGUAAAGCGGCUGGAGAGGUGAAUGUGGUGGUUGUCAGUCAUGGAAUAUGUAUUGCCGAGACCUUGGGUGCGUUGGGUCGCCGCUGCGUCGAGGUCGAUACAAAUGGGUGGUCUGGAAAGUUCAGGGGGUUGAAUAAUACCGCUUGGACGAGGGUUAGCAUUGGGCUAGAUGGAGAAACACUCGAUGAGGCACCCCCUUCCAAUGGGACCGAAUCCAAUCAUCGUUUGACGCCCGAUCCGGGCGCCCAAAUCGCUACUAAACUAGAGGAAUCCGCCCCUCCUCCUGAGAAAUGCGAAGAGACCGGGCCUCCCUCACUUCGAAUGAAGAUCAUCGCAUGUAAUCAGCAUAGUCAUCUGAACGGAGUUGUUCGACAACAAGAUGGGAACCAGAGUUCAGGCGACGACCCAAAUCAAAAGAGAUUGAGGGAGUUUUUUGGUGGUGGGGGAGAAGCCGACUAA